UUGAUGAUUCUGAUUUGUAGUCAAAGCAAUUCAGCAAAUGUCUUUGUGGUGUGAAUGUUGAAUCUCGUGCUUUACACCUUCCAUUCGUUGUUAAGUUUGAGCAGCCCGCAAGCAUUUUAGCUUUCCCUCUCCCAAGCCACCACAGACCAACUCAGUAGAGUUGACUCCGCCGGUUGCCCUCAUCGCGCCGCAAGAGUCAACUACCAUGAGUGAACUUCCGUAUCCCUACAAGGAUGAGUCGAAAUUCGAGGAGCUGACCGUGGCUCCGGCGUCUCAAUAUGACAGGGGCUGGUUCCGGUUUCGCAGCGGGAAGGCACUCCCUCGUGUCCGCCGCAGCGGAAGGCAGGUGAAGGGCCCCCGGUUAUUAGGCGCAAUGUGCCUUCAUGUACUUGCAAACAGUCUCAGCGCCCUGCCUGACAACUUCGUGCUCUCGCUGCCAACACAUUUGUGUUGGGAAUUGUGGAACGAGUUGAUGGGUUGGAAUUCCACUAGACCUAUCUCGCUCCGUGACUGGGCCGUCGUUUCGAAGGCAUUUGAAGCAGACGGUUUUGGCGAGGCAGAGCGCCAGCUUACUAGUACCGUCUCGGGCGAUAAACAUCAAGGCGAAAUCACCAUCCCCAUGGGCCUUCGCCGGUUUUCCCAGGAGAUACCCGACCCGCGGUGUGAGCUGAGCGUCUACACGAAUCCGCUUGGGUCAUUGGACGGUUGUCUCACAUACCUCCGCAUCGAGAAUGUCAAGCACUUCCAGGCCCAAGAAUUACUCUCCUUGGCGGGGCUCAGCUCCCUGGCAGUGCUUGAAAUAGUUGAAGAGGAGUCAAAGGCAGACGCAAUUCACCGAAUGAGUACCCGUGUCGCAAGGGGUUGGAGUGAAAUGACCAACCCAUUUGCUGAGCUGCGGGUUAUGAUACUCUCUUCCGGCUCCCCUGGACUGUCAGAAGGUCUUUUGAACUAUGUGCUUCAGUUCCCAAAGCUAGAGAUUCUCGACGUCAGUGCCUUGUCGUCCUCGUCGAUGUUUCGGUGGCGGAAUUCGAGGAACAUCGCUAAGAGUUUGGGAUGGGAAGCCUCGCUGCCACGGCACGAGUCGCACUUCGUGUCAUAUGCGGAUGCUUUAUAUGAUCGCCGAACAAAAAACCACCGGAAGUCAAGAAUGGAGAACCUGGGUCUACUCUUUGAGGACGACAGGCAGCCGGUAGCUCUAAUUCCCCGUCCUCGAGGGCUCCUCGACCAUGACUACACCAAAGGCGGUCACCAUACAGGCCUAACGGAUCGCCUCGAUCAGGGCUGGCAAGCAUUUCUGAAAGGCAACCAUUCAUUUGCUACACCUGGCGGCAUCGAACAGAUAAGAAGACUCCGUUCAGGACCCAUGAUAAGCUACCCCGAACCUCGCCAGUGGUGGGCACAUGAAGGGCCGGCCGGCAGUGAUGUCUUUUGGUUUUUGUCUCUUCUUUCUCACAUGGAACGCGAUGCACUCAACUCCUCCAUUCAAGCCCGAGUUCUGGGUAUUCCUGUGAUGACAAGAAGAUUCGUCACCCUCCGACUAAGAGGUCCUUGCCUCCUUCCAGCACAUCGCCUGUGGUCUGACGAGAGUCGUAUCAUAUUCUCUCGGUCUAAAGGCGGUGAGAAGCAGAAGCAGAAGCAGGAGGCUCCGAUGGAUCCUCGGCCCGAGGAGGAGCAAGUGCAGAGAGGCUUAGAGCGUCCAGGGGAGAAAGAGGAGCCAAAUAUAAGGCUUCGCAAGCGGCAGAAACUUGGGGAUGUCCUUGCAACUUUCGGCGUGCCAGGGAGUGGUACUGGGUAGAGGUCGGUUCAGCUGUAGCUACGCAAGCAGACAUCUCACUUCCUACUGUAGUAGGUUUCUCCAAGUGGAUGGUGGCUAGGUGAUCAAUUAAGAGAAUCCAGCUACCUACUGCAGCUUCUCAGCACACUGCCCUCCUGAAGACAAUGGCCUCAACGACCCGACGAGGCGACGAC